AUCGUAUGUUUUUGCUCGAUGUGCCAGCUCCAGAUCCAUGCGUUGAUCCCGUGCACAAAAACCUUAGUUUUCACUGAACAAGCAAAGCAGCAAGACAAGAUUCGGUUUUGACCAUUCCAUAUACAUGUAAUUUGCCUUAUCAGAGAACAUCAAGUGUUCACAUCUUUAUCAUGUUUAUGAGUGAAAUGCGUGCAGCAGAAGCAUUCUACUAUUGACUGAGUAACCUGCAAGCAACCACGAUGUCAACUGGUAAAAAAGAAACGGACGUUGAUGCGAAAAAAGCAUCAACAGCCACGGUGAGUAAUGGGGACCGCCAAACCGACGAGACGUCAACCAGCGCCAACGGACGGCGGUCGUCCAAGUCCAGACGGGACAGCAACAAGCGCGUGGUGUUCCGUCUGUCGGAGGACUCCACAGCCGAUGAGGGUUCCGUUGGUGGUCCGGAGGAGGAGGGUCAAGACGUGGCCGGCGAGAUGGCGAACGGGGACGUCUUUAUGAAUCAAGCAGAUGCUGCGAAGGAGUUGAAACGAGCGCGUAAUCAAUCCCAUGAUUCCUCUGACCCUGUGCCCAGUCCUAGUGCUUCCAUAUUACGCCAUAAACGAUCCUCCUUUGACAACUUUCGCCACACCAUGUCCGGCAUGAACCUGGUGGAGCUUGGCAACCAGCCAAUUAAUAAGAGCGAGUGGCGACGCGGGAGGCGUGACAGUAAAGACAUGUCUGUUGCCACGCCGACCGAGUUUGUCAAGAAAUUCGGCGGUGACUACGUCAUCAACAAGAUCCUUAUUGCCAAUAACGGCAUUGCUGCAGUGAAGUGUAUGCGCUCCAUGCGACGCUGGGCAUUUGAAGUAUUCCGUAAUGAGAAAGCCAUCCGUUUUGUCGUCAUGGUAACGCCGGAGGAUUUGACAGCUAAUGCUGAGUACAUCAAGCAUGCCGAUCACUACGUCCCAGCCCCUGGUGGUUCCAACAAUAACAACUACGCCAACGUGGAGCUGAUUCUUGACAUUGCCAAGAGGGUGCAGGUGGACGCGGUGUGGGCUGGGUGGGGGCAUGCCUCGGAAAACCCCAAACUGCCCGAGAUGCUUCAUAAGAAUGGAAUUGCUUUCAUUGGUCCGUCCGAGAAGGCAAUGUGGGCACUGGGGGACAAGAUCGCCUCGUCCAUUGUCGCUCAGAGCGCCAACGUUCCGACGUUACCGUGGAGCGGGGACAGUCUGCGUAUCAACUGGACGGAGGAGGAUGCUCGCAGCGGCAACUUCAUCACCGUCCCUGAUGAUAUCUACCAGAAGGGAUGCGUGAAAGAUGCUGAGGAGGCUUUGCAGCAUGCUGAGCGCAUUGGCUUCCCAGUAAUGAUCAAAGCGUCCGAGGGCGGUGGUGGCAAAGGCAUUCGAAAAGUGGAGAACAAGGAGGACUUUGCCAGUCUAUUUAGACAAGUUCAGAGUGAAGUUCCGGGAUCACCAAUCUUUGUCAUGAAGCUAGCCAAAAGUGCAAGGCAUUUGGAAGUGCAAUUGAUCGGCGACAAAUAUGGCAACGCCAUCUCCUUAUUUGGUCGGGACUGUUCCAUCCAGCGUCGGCAUCAGAAGAUCAUUGAGGAAGCCCCUGCCACAGUGGCUCAGUCCCACGUCUUCAGAGAAAUGGAGAAGGCUGCAGUCAAACUAGCCAAGUUGGUUGGUUACUGCAGUGCAGGUACCGUGGAGUAUCUAUACAACGAUCACGAUGGUUCGUUCCAUUUCUUGGAGCUGAACCCACGUCUUCAAGUGGAGCAUCCUUGCACUGAGAUGGUAGCUGGAGUCAACCUGCCUGCCCUACAGUUACAGGUUGCAAUGGGAAUUCCAUUACACAGAAUCAAGGACAUCCGAGUCCUGUAUUCAGAGAAUCCCUGGGAAGACACACCAAUUGAUUUUGACAACCCAUUGGUCCUUCCUGAACCCAAAGGUCACGUCAUCGCCUGUAGAAUCACCAGUGAGAACCCAGAUGAGGGUUUCAAGCCCAGCUCUGGUACCGUGACAGAGUUGAACUUCCAGAGCAACACCAAUGUGUGGGGCUAUUUCAGCGUGGCUGCCUCCGGUGGUCUGCACGAGUUUGCCGAUUCUCAGUUUGGUCAUUGUUUCUCAUGGGGCGAAGAGAGAGAAGUUGCCAGAGAGAACAUGGUGGUGGCGUUGAAGGAGUUAUCGAUCCGCGGUGAUUUCAGGACGACCAUCGAGUAUUUGGUCAUGUUGCUGGAGACCACUGCCUUCCAGCAUAAUGAGUUUGACACGGCCUGGCUGGAUGUUCUCAUUCGGGAAAAAGUCCAGGUUGAGAAGCCCAACACCAUCCUGGGAGUUAUUUGUGCCUCUCUGCACAUUGCUGAUAGCUCCAUUAGUGAAAACUUCACCAACUAUCAGACAUCUCUUGAGAGAGGCCAGGUCCUGCCAGCCAACAUGCUGAGCAACACCCGAGAAGUGGAGAUGAUCUACGAGGGCUACAAGUACCUCAUCAAUGUGACCAGGCAAGGUCCCAGCAGCUACUUCCUGUGCCUGAACGGCUCCACCCUGGAGGUCGACGUCCAUCGGAUGUCAGACGGCGGUUUACUCGUCUCAUUUGAGGGGAGCAGCUACACGUCAUACUUCAAGGAGCAGAUCGAUAGUUACCGCAUCACCAUCGGCAACCAGACCUGCGUCUUUGAGAAGGAGAACGAUCCCAGUAUCCUGAGGUCCUCCUCGGCCGGUAAACUGCUCCAGUACCUCAUAGAUGACGGAGGACACGUCUACGCCGAUCAGGCGUACGCCGAGAUUGAAGUCAUGAAGAUGGUCAUGAGCCUGAGAGUGCCAGAGACUGGAUGUGUUCACUUUGUGAAGCGGCCGGGUGCUGUGCUGGACCAGGGCAGUGUAGUAGCCAAGCUGGACCUAGAUGACCCAACGAGAGUACAGAAGGCUCAGCUGUACAAAGGCGAGCUACCGAACACAACCAAGACUCAAGGGACAGAGACCCACGGCUGGAAACUCAAUAUGAUGUUUAAGAAAACCAGGGAAGCCUUGGAGAACAUCAUGAACGGAUUCUGUCUGAAUGAACCUCACUUCACCAAGAAGAUGACGGAAACAGUGAACCAACUGAUAACGGCGAUUCGAGACCCGGCCCUCCCUCUCCUGGAGAUGAAGGAAAUGAUCGCGGCCGUCUCUGGACGCCUACCUCCGGCCGUGGAGAAAGAGAUAAGGAAACAGCUCAAUGCUUACGGCAGCAACAUCACAUCAGUCUUGUGUCAGUUCCCUAGCCAACAGAUUGCCAACGUUGUUGACCGCCAUGCAGCUACACUGCAGAAGCGAUCUGACAGAGAUGCAUUCUUUAUGCACACACAAGGCAUCGUACAGCUUGUACAGAGGUAUCGGAAUGGCAUUCGUGGCCACAUGAAGUCGGUCAUUCAGGAUCUCCUGCGGAUUUACCUACGUGUGGAGACCAAGUUCCAGCAGGGGCCCUACGACAAGUGCGUGAUGAGCCUCCGCGACGAGUUUAAGACCGAGAUGUCUAACGUAGUCUGGAGCAUCUUCUCUCACGCUCAGGUUGCCAAGAAGAAUCAGCUGGUUGUCCAAAUCAUUGAGCGUGUCAGCAAUCGUGAGACCGGCCUAACGGAAGAACUGUCGGAGAUUCUAGGUGAGCUGACCACACUCAGCAAGCAGGACCACUCCAAAGUGGCACUGCGGGCUCGGCAGGUGCUGAUAGCGGCCCAUCAACCCUCCUAUGAGCUCAGACACAACCAGGUGGAGAGUAUCUUCCUGUCCGCUAUCGACAUGUAUGGUCAUCAGUACUGCCCUGAUAGUCUCAAGAAACUGAUCAUGUCAGAAACCACCAUCUUUGAUGUGUUGCCAAGCUUUUUCUUCCAUAGCAACCCGGUUGUCCGAAGAGCUGCCUUGGAGGUGUACGUGAGGAGAGCUUACAUUGCCUAUGAGCUGAACUGCCUGCACCACUCUGUACUCAAGAACUCCCUAUGUGUGUUAGAAUUCCAGUUCAUGCUUCCGUCCUCCCAUCCAAACAGUACCAUGACUUUCCCGAGGACCAGGAUCUUACCAGAUAUGUCUGUUCAGGCACGGUCAGCCAGCUUUGGUGAGGAACAGAUAGGGGCCAUGGUGCCCCCAUGUCAGCGCAUGGGUAUCAUCUGUGCCUUCUCAUCCAUGGAAGAAUUCAAGAGUUACUUUGAUGAUGUGAUUGAUCAGUUUGCUGACGUGCGCUUCAAGUUCUCAAGUUUCAGCGAGUCGGAUCACAAGGAGAACGUAUGUCCACCUGGAGAACCUAUCCACAUCGUCAACAUUGCCAUUCAUCUUGAGAAGAACACGAAAACCGACAACGAACUUGUGGAUAUGUUCCGGGGUUUCUGCCAAGAGAAGAAACAGCAGUUGCUGAGCAGAGACAUCCGCAGAAUCACCAUUCUGUUCUGGAGUAGGAAGGACUUCCCCAAGUACUUCACCUUCAGAGCUCGACAGGAUUUCCAAGAGGAUCGGAUCUAUCGUCACUUGGAGCCAGCCUUGGCCUUCCAGCUGGAGAUCAACAGGAUGAGUAACUUUGAUCUCCAGUUGAUGGAUCGCGCUAACUACAGAAUGCACCUGUACCUGGGAUCCGCCAAGGUUCAGAAGGGUCAGGAGGUGACGGACUAUCGGUUCUUCGUCCGUGCCAUCAUCCGUCAUUCAGAUCUCAUCACCAAGGAGGCUUCAUUUGAGUACCUACACAACGAGGCUGAGAGGAUGCUACUAGAAGCACUGGACGAACUGGAACUGGCCUUCAAUCACCCAGAUUCUAAGCGGACGGACUGCAAUCACAUCUUUCUGAACUUUGUGCCGACGGUUGUCAUGGAUCCUAUGAAGGUUGUGGAUAGCCUGAGGUCCAUGGUGCUGAGGUAUGGCCAUAGGCUGUGGAAGCUACGAGUCCUCCAGGCGGAACUCAAAAUGACAGUCAAGUUACCAGCAGGGAAGUCUAUUCCAAUCCGUAUCUUCAUCACGAAUGAGUCUGGCUACAACCUGGCCAUCACACUGUACAAGGAAGAGACUGACCCCACCACUGGACAGGUGAAAUUCAUCUCUUUCACUGAGAAGCAAGGCAGUCUUCAUGGCCGGCUGGUCAACACUCCCUACGUGACCAAGGACCAUCUACAACUCAAGCGGUACCAAGCACAGACAUUGGGUACAACGUAUGUCUACGACUUCCCAGACAUGUUCAAGCAGAAACUGAGACGUAUCUGGGAGGAACAUAAAGCAGUGCACAAGGAUACAGUCAUCCCAGAGGAACUGGUGAGCGGGAGUGAGCUAGUUCUGGAUAGUCAGGGAACCUUGACCUCAGUCAACAGAAUGCAUGGAGAAAACAGGGUCGGCAUGGUGGCUUGGAAGUUCACCUUCUUGACCCCAGAGUACCCCGAAGGUCGCGAUGUCAUCAUCAUAGCAAACGACAUCACCUUCAAGAUCGGUUCAUUUGGACCCGAUGAGGACAUGCUGUUUGAGAAAGCAUCGGAGCUCUCUCGUUCCCUGGGAAUUCCUCGCAUCUACCUGUCAGCCAAUAGCGGGGCCAGGAUUGGACUAGCAGAGGAGGUCAAGCAACGGUUCAAGGUGGCCUGGGUUGACCCUGCCAAACCAGACAAGGGUUUCAAGUAUCUAUACCUGACUCCAUCAGACUACAAACAGCUGCUGGCGCUCAACUCACUACGCGCCGAGCACAUAGAAGAAGAUGGGGAGUCAAGGUACAAGAUCACUUACAUCAUUGGUCAAGAGGAAGGCCUCGGUGUGGAGAAUCUGAGUGGGAGUGGCAUGAUUGCUGGCGGGUCAUCAAGGGCGUAUGAAGAGAUUAUCACUCUGAAUCUGGUCACAUGUCGAGCCAUCGGUAUUGGUUCCUACGUUGUGCGUCUCGGUCAACGCAUCGUUCAAGUGGACAACUCUCACAUCAUCCUGACCGGCGCAGGGGCACUCAACAAGGUUCUCGGACGGGAAGUGUACACCUCCAAUAACCAGCUAGGGGGUAUCCAGAUCAUGCACAACAACGGAGUGACUCACGCCGUGGCUCAGGACGACUUCGAAGGAGUCCUCACCAUCCUGAAGUGGUUGUCCUACAUGCCCAAGUGUCGUGACGCGGGAGUUCCCAUCAUCCUAAGCGUGGAUCCCAUCGACCGUGAGAUUGAAUUCCUGCCAACAAAGGCUCCCUACGAUCCUAGGCACAUGCUGGCUGGAAGACCUAACCCAGAGAAUCCCCAAGAGUGGCAGUCAGGUUUCUUUGAUAAAGGCUCCUUCAUGGAGAUCAUGGAAGCCUGGGCUCAAACCGUCGUAGUCGGCCGAGCAAAGCUGGGUGGAAUACCCGUUGGUGUGGUUGCCGUGGAAACGCGUACUGUCAACGUGGAUAUCCCAGCUGACCCUGGCAACCCAGACUCAGAAGCAAAGUCAAUAGCCCAAGCAGGCACAGUCUGGUUCCCAGACUCGGCUUUCAAGACUGCACAGGCAAUCAAGGACUUUGGUCGGGAGCAACUGCCUCUCAUCGUCUUUGCCAACUGGAGAGGUUUCUCUGGUGGAAUGAAAGACAUGUACGAGCAGGUUCUCAAGUUUGGUUCGUACAUUGUGGAUGCACUGUGUGAAUACAAGCAACCUGUCAUGGUGUACAUACCGCCUAACGGUGAGCUGAGAGGUGGAUCUUGGGUGGUGAUUGAUUCCACCAUCAAUCCUCAGUUUAUGGAGAUGUAUGCUGAUCAGGAGAGCAGAGGUGGAGUGUUGGAGCCGGAAGGGACAGUAGAGAUCAAGUUCCGUAAGAAGGAUCAAGUGAAGCUGAUGCGGCGGAUUGACGACACGUGCAUCUCGUUACUGAGUGAGAUUGCUGCUACGGGAAUCAAUCGAGAGGAGAAGGCUGCCAUUGAGAAGAAGUUGAAGGAUCGUGAGGACUACCUGCUGCCAAUCUACCACACCGUGGCAGUCAAUUUUGCUGAUCUUCACGACCGUGCCGGCAGGAUGCAGGAGAAACAAGUCAUUUCUGAUGUCAUUCAGUGGUCCACAUCCCGCGCUUUCUUCUACUGGCGUCUGCGUCGCCUUCUCCUGGAGCACAAGAUUUGCGGUCGCAUCCAGCAAGUCAACCAGAAGCUGUCCAGAGGAGAAGUCUUUGCAAUGCUGAGACGAGUCUUCAUGGAGGACAAGGGAACUGUCAACUCGUAUCUAUGGGAGGACAAUAAAGCCGUUGCUGAUUGGCUGUUGGAACAAGAGAGACAGGAGAAAGAAGAGGGCCAGUCGGCCAUCUUGGAUAACAUCAAAGCCGUCAAGAGAGACCGAGUCAUCCACCAGAUUCGAAGGAUCAUUCAAGAUAAUCCAGAGGUUGCCAUGGAUUCCAUCGUGCACAUCAGCCAACAACUCAACCCCAAUCAGCGGACCGAGGUCACCAGAGUGUUGUCCACAAUGGGGUCACAUGACUCCAGCUAAAGAGAAGUCGGUCAAUAGCAAACGAC